UGAAAAAGGCGGUGCUACACUUGGAGCUGAAGGAUCGCGUCCUCCUCGGAGUCACCCUCUCUAUGCCACUCGGUCCCUGCAGGAAAAAGGACCCUGACAGGAGUUAGUAGCGCUCAGCAGCAUGGAAGUCACCAAAGGAGAGGACCGCUCGGCUGAACAAGCUGCGUCUUUAUUUGGGGCGACAGAGUUGGAGAGUCAGCGGAGAGACGCCGGCCGUGGAAAGAAGAGGAAUAACUGCAAAAUUAUUAUUGGGGUUCUGCUGCUGUGCUUACUGGUGGUCAUCUUGGCUGUGGUGUUUUCCCUGAGAAAGAGCAGCGAUAGCACCGGAGGGGAACUCUGGCUACAGCAGACCGAUGAAGCAGUCCAACAGCCAAAGUGUCCACCUGGUUUUUCCAGGUCUCCUCUCAUCCUGGUGUCCUUGGACGGUUUCAGGGCCAAGUACCUGAAAGAUCACGGCAGUCGACUUCCUGUCAUCAACAAGUUACGAAAUGCUGGAACUACAACGCCAUACAUGAGGCCUGUCUAUCCCACAAAGACCUUUCCCAACCACUACAGCAUUGUGACUGGUCUUUAUCCUGAGUCUCAUGGGAUUGUGGACAACAAGAUGUACGAUGUGUCUCAAAACGCGUUCUUCAGCUUGAAAACCGAAGAGAAAUUCAACCCAAAAUGGUAUCAAGGAGAGCCAGUCUGGCUCACUGCCAUGCGUCACAAACUGAAAACAGGAACCUUCUUCUGGCCUGGCUCAGAUGUGGCCAUUAAUGGCACCUUCCCAGACUUGUACAAGAAAUAUGACAAGAGCGUUACGUUUGACCACAGAGUGUCGACGGUGUUGGAAUGGCUCAGUUUACCUCAGGGAGAAAGACCCGACUUCUACACUUUGUACCUGGAUGAACCUGACACAGCGGGACAUCGUUACGGGCCAGCAAGUAGCCAGGUCGUUCAAGCCUUGGAAAACGUGGACAGGAUUUUGGGCAAGCUGAUGGACGGCCUGAUCCAGAGAGACCUGCUGCACUGUGUCAACCUGAUAAUCACGUCAGACCAUGGCAUGGAGGAGGCUUCAUGUGAAAAGGCAGCGUAUGUGUCAGCCUACCUAGACAAGACAGAUGACUUUUCUGUCAUCCAAGGCCCAGCUGCUCGCAUCAGACCCACUCGCCUUCCACAGAAUUACUUUUCCUUUGACUAUGAGGGCCUGGUGAAGAACCUGUCGUGCAGGACCCGUGACCAGCCAAUGAGGCCGUACCUCAAAGAAAACCUCCCUAAAAGGUUGCACUUCGCCUACAACGAUCGCAUAGAGAGAGGACACCUGUAUAUGAAGCAUGGGUGGCAGGCUGCUCUCAACCACAGGGAACUCAAGUACUGCACCGGUGGAUUCCACGGGUCAGAUAACCUCUUCGCCAACAUGCAGGCAAUCUUUAUUGGCUACGGUCCAGGAUUUAAGGGGAAAACCAUUGUGCCCCCUUUUGAGAACGUUGAAGUAUAUAAUCUAAUGUGUGAUCUCCUCAGUAUUCGUCCCGCUCCAAACAACGGUACACAUGGCAGUCUGAACCACCUUCUGAGGCGUCCCGUCCACCUGCCAGUUCACCCAGCCCAGCUUUCGCAUGACACCCCCUGUGAGGCCUCUGAGCUCGUCCCCGCUGACGACCUGCAGUGCAACUGUAGUUCCCAAAACAAGGCCAUGGAGACAGACAUGAACAGACGUCUCAUGCCAACCAAUUCCAGUGUUAAAGCCAGCUUGCGUCGUCUCCACCAUCCGUUUGGCACGCCUCGAGUCGUCCAAUCAGACGCCACCUUUUGUCUUCUCCAUCACUCCAGCUACCUCAACGGGUACAGCAAAGACCGCCUCAUGCCUCUGUGGGUGUCGUACACCAUCCCGCCUCUGACCAGAGUCCAACCAGGCAGCCCGGAGUUGGAGGCGUGUGUUCGUGCUGACGUACGCAUCCCACCGGCCGACAGCCAGCUGUGUCUGCGCUACAAAGACAACCCCGCUCUGUCCUAUGGCCUGCUACAUCCCCCCAAUCUGAGUGCCAGCGGACCUGAGACGGACUCACUUAUCACGAGCAACAUGGCACCAAUGUUCCCCACAUUCAAAGACGUUUGGACCCACGUCCACAAUGUCCUGCUGCCAAAAUAUUCGCAGCAGUUGAACGGCGUCAACGUCAUGAGUGGGCCGAUAUUCGACGAAGACUAUGAUGGAAACGUUGACGCACUCAGAACAAUCUCAGGGAAUGAGGCUCCCAUCCCAACACAUUUCUUCAUGAUCCUGACCAGCUGUGGGAAUUCGACCUUCAGCCCGGUUAACUGCGAGGGUCCCCUGCAUGCCAAGUCGUUCAUCCUGCCCCACAGGCCUGACCACACAGAGAGCUGUGCUAAUGAGUCGGACUUGUCGUGGGUGGAGGGCUGGCUGCAGUUUCAUGUGGCACGAGUCAGAGACAUCGAGCUCCUGACUGGACUAAGUUUCUACCAUGACAGGAUAUCAGUGGAAGAGACGCUACUGCUCAAGACGCUCAUACACACUGCUUGAAAUCAGAGACAUUAUCUACUGAAGCUUUAAUGUCCAAAGGAAGCCGUACUGGUGGGCGCAACAGGCCUCUGUCCACAUGUGCACAGUCUACCAACAGGUGCCUCACUCAGAAAAGUUUCCUGUAUUCAAACCAGUUUGCUCCCACCAUUAAGUUCCCUCCAGUUUUUUGGUUUUUUUUUUUUGUGUGUGUGUGUGUGGGUGUAAUGUCUGAGUCCCCAAAGUUUUUUUCUUUUGUUUUUUUUAAUAAUUCAAUGUGUAAAAGCCAGAUGUGUGUGUGUGUACAUAUAUAUAAUUUGUUUUUGACCAAGUUUUUGUAAAUGAUUUUAUAAAAGAAAAGUCCGAGGGCAUUUUUCUAAACAAGACUGAACCAAAGAAGCCGUCACAUCUGCUGAGCAGCUCUUAAGCAUUUCCUCAGAUGGGAAAAUUUGACAAGAACAAAAUAAAAGGGAAAAGAAACAUUA